AUGAUUAGCGUUGUGGUAGAGCCAACUAAUCUGCUCGAGGACGAUAUGUCCAAGGGUAUGGCAGCGAAAGGCAUAACCUCCGUAGUCAUCAACGCGGAACAUCUCGCUCGUGAAGCGAAGGCCGGUCGUGACCUCUGGGCAGAGGCGAAAGCAGGAAAGUUUCAAGUAAUCGCACUCGCGCCGGAGUCACUGCGAAAGCCGCAAUUCAUAGCCAUGAUGAACGACGAGAACUUCCGAAAAAGGUGGAAGGUAGCCGAUGUCGAUGAAGCUCACCUUGUAUCCGACUGGGGCCCCGACUUUCAAAGCGCAUACGAAGACAUCUGGACCCUUCGUGCACUAGGACCGAAGCACCUCACUUUUGUCGCUCUCUCGGCGACACUCCAGCCUGGACGACAAACAGACCGCGUUUUCAAUAAACUCGGCUUUGUUAAAGGAAAGUAUCACCUUGACCGUCGUGACUGCGAGCGCCACAACGUUAACUACAUCUUCCGAGAGAUCCGGUACGCGCAUACAACACAUCAGUUCCGCGACCUUGACUGGUUGGUUCCCGAACACAUGACAAAGGCUUCAGACGUACCAAAAUUCAUUCUUUUCUCCGACACUAUCGAGACUGGACAUCGCAUCGCCGUCUACCUU